AUGGAUGCGGGGGACACCAUGGAGAGGGGCGUGCGUGCUCCGCUCCGGCCUAAGCCGCUCGCUCUUCCGUCAGGCCUGAGACGCUCUCCUUCCCUGGGCACGCCACGCCUGCCGACACCCUGCACGCCGCGCUCCCCCUUCCUGAUCACUCCACACCGGCUGGCAUCCUUCACGCCGGAUCGUCAGCGAUCAAUUGGAGCGAGGAGCCAUGAAGACAUGGAAAAGACUCAGGGGCCAGAGACUCAGGACGACAACAUGCAAGUGCCGCUCCUUAAUGAUAAAAAUUGCACCGGCAGCAAGGCGCCAUUGGUAGUUCUCGGGUUCGAGUGCUUGGAGAGCACAGCGUUCAAUGGCAUCUCGACCAACCUGGUGAUGUACCUGGAGACCGUCCUCCACGGCAGCAACGUGGCCAGCGCCUCCAACGUCACCAUGUGGUUCGGCACUAGCUACAUGAUACCAGUCUUCGGCGCCAUCAUCGCCGACGCCUUCUGGGGCAACUACAACACCAUCCUCGUCUCCCUCGCCAUCUACCUUCUUGUAUGGGAUGAUUCUGGUGACCUUAUCGGCGUUCCUGCCGACGGCUACGGUGCUCGGCGGCUCCUCGGUGUUCGGCGCGCACACUGUGGCGUUCGUGGGGCUUUACCUCGUCGCGAUCGGGAGCGGCGGGUGCGGUCGUCGCUGCUGCCGUUCGGCGCGGAGCAGUUCGACGACGACAAUGUGGUGGACCGCGAGAACAAGAUGUCCUUCUUCAGCUGGUUCUACCUCUGCGUCGACUUUGGCCCGAUCGUCUCCGGCCUGUUCAUCGUGUGGAUCCAGGAGAACGUCAGCUGGGGCCUCGGCUUCGGCAUCGCUACCGCCUGCAUCGCGCUGGCCUUCGGCGCCUUCGUGCUCGCCACGCCCAUGUACAAGCGCCCGAUGCCCACCGCCAAGGCGGCGGCCGUCAUCUCCGACUCCGAGACGGGCUUGAAGGAGAUAUCAGAGGAGGCGGCGGGCUCGUCGCAGAAGCUCCGCGCCGCGACGAAGGCAGAGGAGUUCAAGAUCCUGCUGGGGCUGCUGCCCAUCUGGGCGACCAGCAUCAUCGUCUCCUCGGCGUACACGCAGAUGAACACCACCUUCAUCCAGCAGGGCAGCGCCAUGAACGUGUCCGUCCUGUCGGUGCAGGUGCCACCGGCGUCGAUGGGCUCGUUCGAGGUGGUCUGCGUCCUCCUAUGGGUGCUGCUCUACGGCCAGGUGAUCGUGCCCGCGCUGCGGGGAUGCGGGUUCUCGUUCGGCGGCGACGGCGAACCGUCCCAGCUGCAGCGCAUGGGCGCCGGCCGGCUCAUCAUGGCCCUGGCCAUGGCGGUCGCGGCGCUCGUGGAGACGAAGCGGCUCGGCAGCGCGGCGCGCGGGGAGGAGAUCGCCAUCGCGUGGCAGAUCCCACAGUACUUCUUCCUGGCCGGCGCGGAGGUGCUCUGCUACAUCGCGCAGCUGGAGUUCUUCUACGAAGAGGCGCCGGACACCAUGAAGAGCAUGUGCACGUCGCUCGCGCUGCUCACCAUCGCGUUGGGCAGCUACCUCAGCUCCUUCAUCUACGCUAUCGUGGCAGCAUUCACGGCCACGGCGGACAGUCCCGGCGGGUGGAUCUCGGACAACCUCAACCAGGGCCAUCUCGACUACUUCUUCUGGACCAUGGCCGCCAUUUGCACGCUCAACUUCGUCGUGUACAGCGUGUUCGCCGGGAACUACAAGCCCAAGAGUCAAGACUAUGCUCUCAUGACGUGA